AUGGCAACCUACCAUCCGCCGUCGUUCCCGCGUCGCCCAAAGCACUCCAACCUCUUCUCCGAGACCAAGUACUUUCUCCAGCUCAACUACUACCAAUAUGAAAUCAACACUGGCAUGUAUGUCAUGUCUCCCGGAGAGAAGCUUGUCUACAAUAUGGUGGUCUUCUCGCUGUUGGCACUGCUCUUCUCUGCCGUCUACUACUACCUCCCGAAGACAACGAUCAUCGGCCUACAACGGUUGGCGUACUACUUCACUGGGAGCCACAGGCUGCAUGUAAACGGCGUGGUUGUUGCACAAGGUGUCUUGCAAAGCUCAGGCGAAGCUGUGGCAAGUCUGGCAGACCAAAGAGCUGUGCUCAACGCGAGUGCCGUCUUUUCUCCCUGA